AUGUCAAUCAAAGUCAAGAAUGUUCCCGUCGUUGAGCCAUACGGCAACCCUGCGCCCUUUGCGGAGCCGGCGUGGUACAAUACCCUGACUUCUCCUUACUACGAUGAAAGCCAUCGGAGGGUGAGGGACUACGUGCGCAAGUACAUCGAGGAGCAUAUCGCGCCCAAUAUUCAAGAGUGGGAAGAGAAGGGGCAUGUCCCCGAUGAAGCAAGAAUUCACUUUGCCAAAUCAGGCUUGGCUUUCCCAGAGUUGCCGCGUGAAUAUGCUGGCGAUGUUCCAUUACCAGGCAAUGUCCCAGCUGAGAAAUGGGAUAUCUUUCACUCGCUUGUUGUAAGCUACGAAGCUAGUAGAAUAUGGGCUGCCGGAGUGUCUGUGGGACUCAACGGCGGCACGACAAUCGGUGUACCUCCUGUCAUCCAUCAUGGCACAGAAGAGCAGAAGAAAUGGUGGCUUCCUGGGCUUGUUAACGGGAAAACAAGCUUUUGUCUCGGUUGUACCGAGCCUACUGGCGGCUCCGAUUUGGCGAAUUUGAAGACCACGGCAACCAAAUCAGAUGAUGGAACAUAUUACACAGUCAACGGCCACAAGAAAUGGAUCAGCGGUGCGAUACGUGCUAGCCACAUGACAACUGCUGUAAGGACUGGAGGCCCUGGUAUUAAGGGCAUCUCAGUCCUGGUCAUUCCUCUUGAUCUUCCCGGCGUUUCUCGACGCAAAAUUAGUAAUAGUGGAUGGAACGCUGGAGAUAGCACAUGGGUGACACUGGACAAUGUCAAAGUACCUGUCAACCACCUCAUCGGGCAGGAGAACGCUGGGUUCCAGUACAUUAUGACCAACUUCAACAAGGAACGAUUCAUCCUUGCUGUACUCAUGAACGGCCAGGCCAGAAUUUGCCUGGAAGACGCCUGGGCACAUGCCAUAGACCGCCACACAUUCGGCAAGCCACUCAUGUAUCAUCAGAUCAUUCGACAUAAGCUCAUCACAAUGGCGCGCUACAUCGAAUCGCACUGGGCCUGGCUCGAACAGAUUGCGUAUCAUGCUCAUACUACCGGCUCCAUGGGCACGGAACUAGCAUCAAGGAUCGCCAUGGCCAAGAUUCACGGCGGACGUCUUCUAGAGCUCGCGAACCGGGAGGCACAGCAGAUAUUUGGUGGUGCUGGAUAUCAACGUGGCGGCGUUGGGGCUCGCGUCGAACAGAUCAGCAGAGACCUUCGAGUGAACAUCGUCGGCGGUGGAAGUGAGGAGAUCAUCACGGACUUGGCUGUUCGGCAAGAGAUUGGUGCAGCUGUGAUCAGCCGGUUCGUGUUGCGAGGCGGCCCGGCUCAGAUCCUCUCGCAGCCUACCGAACGUGAUAGAGCCAGAGCGACUGUGACUCCCCUUCUCCAAGCCUUCUUCAAAGGCAGCCCAGGUGCUGAACAUGCUGCGUUUGCUCCCUGGAGCUGGUCGACAGACAGUCCCGAGCUCGCUGCCGCUAUUGGGCCAGAGCUGGCUGCUGCAGGAAUCCCGGGUGGUCUUGAGAAGGUGACCGUUUGCUCUGCUGAGGAAAAGGAGAUCCUCGGAGAAACUUGGUCUGAGAUCAGAGACCUCCUGAUGAACUUCAUGGGUGGUAGCAGGCCCGGACAGGCGACCGCAGUUCCGUCCGCUGUGUCACCCGGGGACUCAUCCAAAUGCCAUGGCUGUGGUCUCUCGUCCACGGCUGCGUCGCCGGGCAUGGGCCCCGCAUACAACUAUUACAACAAUGUGGCGCGAAAAUCUGAGGAGGGGCAGGCGAUGGAAUUGCCACUGCGCCGUCUCGUCAUCGCUGGCAAAGACACGCCUGAAUACUUGCGAAUUCUCUUUGGGCCGACGCUUGCUGGCGAGAAGAAGGAAUUGGAGAGGGUUAGGCUGGAGGUCCUGAUUGACCCUCCUCGUGGCUCCCCAAUGUACGUGAAACAAGACCUUGAUGACGCCGGAACCAAGCCUCCCACUCGUGCGCUUCGACCGGCGAGCGAGGCGGAACUGAAGACGUUGAAGGAAGUGCGGGAGAUCCAGGAGAAAGUCAGACAGAAGGUUGGGGUUGGACGUUCGCCUGAUACAAGAGUCAUGCAAGAAGUCCUGAUGACUUUUGGGCCCGAUUGGUCAGAGAAGUUGCAGCUGUACAUGCUUGCAGUCAAUACUAUGGACCAAGGUGUCCGCCGCUGA